UGAUCGGUAAACCCAACCGUUCGUCUUUCACUUCUACUUUCUUCUACAGUACCGUUACCACGCUAACACCGAUUUUUUUUUUUUUUUCAUUUGAAAAAUCUUGAUGACGUUCCGAGUCACACCAGUAAUCACUGAGUCAACUCGGAAUCUCGGCAAAUCAACGCUAUAUUUCUUCCUCACAAUCGCCGCUAUCAAAGCAUCACAUUCUCUCUACCGCUGCAUUCGCUCUUUAACAAUGUCAUCUUCUUCAUCUUCAACGAGUAACAGUACUGCAGAUGCCUCUACUCUCCGCCGAAAUCGUAUUCUCUCUAGCAAGCUCUAUUUUGACGUGCCUCUCUCUAAGGUACCGCUAAUUUACUCGAAGGCUUAUGAUAUUUCGUUUCUUGGCAUGGAAAAGCUGCACCCCUUUGAUUCUUCUAAAUGGGGUCGCAUAUGUCGAUUCCUCAUUGUGGAUGGUGUUCUAGACAAAAAUAGUAUCAUUGAACCUCUAGAAGCGUCAAAAGAUGAUCUUCUUGUGGUUCACACGGAGUCAUAUUUGAGCAGUCUAAAGAGUAGUGCAAAUGUUGCCAUGAUAAUCGAGGUUCCCCCAGUCGCGCUACUUCCCAAUUGUCUUGUGCAGCAAAAAGUUCUUUACCCAUUUCGCAAGCAGGUAGGGGGAACUGUUCUGGCAGCGAAACUUGCAAAAGAGCGAGGGUGGGCCAUCAAUGUUGGAGGAGGUUUCCAUCACUGCUGUAGUGAAAGAGGAGGUGGAUUUUGUGCUUAUGCAGACAUUUCUCUUUGCAUUCACUAUGCCUUCAACCGGCUUGAUAUAUCAAAGGUGAUGAUAAUUGACCUCGAUGCACACCAAGGAAAUGGCCAUGAACGGGAUUUUUCCAAUGACAGACGAGUUCAUAUUCUGGAUAUGUACAACCCUGAAAUAUAUCCUUUUGAUCAUGAAGCUAGGAGAUACAUUGAUCAGAAGGUUGAAGUAGUGAGUGGUACCACAACAGAUGAGUACUUGGUGAAACUUGAUGAAGCACUCGUGGUUGCUGGUAAAAUGUUUGAUCCUGAGUUGGUGGUCUUCAAUGCUGGCACCGAUAUCCUGGAUGGAGACCCAUUAGGGAGGCUAAAGAUUAGCCCUGAUGGAAUAACUAGCAGAGAUGAGAAAGUUUUCAGGUUUGCUCGUGAAAAGAAUGCCUCUCUUGUCAUGUUGACAUCAGGUGGUUACAUGAAGUCGAGUGCCAGAGUUAUAGCAGAUUCGAUAGCGAACCUCUCAAAACAGACCUUAAUAAAUUUCUAGACUAGUAGACCGCUCCUCAGUGAGGGUAAUUAAUAUCCGUCUGUGGCAUGCCCUUCAGGAUUUGGUCCAUGUUUGAGACGAAACCGUGACAGCUUCCCUCUUUAUGCAGGAGGUUGUAAAUAUAUGAAAUGAAGAAAAAGAAAAUAUGUAGGACAUUUACAGGGAGCAAUUUAGUGCUUAUAUACGGGCUGUAAAGCUAAAAAUGCUGUUCAUGCCAUUUAAUGUUGACGUAGUAAAUUUCCAGCUACAGUAUUAAAUUUUAAGAGCCUUUAUCAAA